GGAGCCGUGCUUUUGUUAUUUUGCAAUAUUAUAAAAUAUAAAUAAUUCAUCACUACGAAAACAAAAUAAAACGUAUUAUUUAAAAUGGAGAUUUUACGAACAGACGCUAUUUUUAGGGAAAUUCUGCAAGAACGUAAAACCAUUACAGGUUUCUUAGAUGCUGUGUUUGGAUUCCUUCGAAGAAAUACCGACUUUUAUCACGUUAAAAAGCAUCCGAGUGAAAAUGUUGGCUUUGCUAAAGGUGUGCGCGAACAGAUUCUAUUCGGAGCAAUGCAACGUUACGAUCCUGAUUGCAAGUUGAACAAUCUAUCUGCCGAUAGCAACGAAAAUGAUGGUCUAUAUGCGCCUCCGGCUAUAGAAGAAGUUGAAAUAGAGACCGAGGAAAUAGAGAUGGAACAGAAAGCGGUAACAAAACCUAUAGAAACAACAAAAAGUGCUGAAAUUAUUACACCAAAAAAUAAUACUAGAAAAGUUGAUUUCGCUGCCAAUGACUACAAAAAUGGUGCAUGCUUCCCUGAAUACUGUUGGUCACAAACAUUGACCGAAGUGGAAUUACAUGUUAAAUUGCCCACUGAUUUGCAAACUGCCAAAUCAAUUUGUAUAGAUAUUAAACCUGAUAGAAUUUCAGUACACAGUCGAAAAGACCCAAAAAAUACUGUCAUCAAUGGGCAAAUUAGUACUCGAUACAAACACAACGACGCAGUGUGGACAAUUACGGAAGGAAAGCUGACAAUAAGCAUGGAUAAAGGUAAAGAAAUGUGGUGGGAAAGAUUUUUCACUACAGAAGAUCCCAUUGAUACGAAAAAAAUAGAUUGUGAGCGAUACAUUGAUGACCUGCCAGAAGAUUCUCAGGCGGCUAUACAAAAACUUCGUGUGCAACAAAUGGAGCAAGACAUUGUAAAUAAUGGGCAAGAGAUAAAUGAUAGCGAAAAAAAUACUAUGGAACGAUUACGAAUGGCAUGGGAUGCAGAAGGCUCACCAUUCAAAGGUCAACCAUUUGAUCCUUCUGUCAUUAAAUUUAGCUAAUGAUGACAAUUGAACUCAUUUUGUAUUAGUAUAAAAAUAUUUAUUAAUUUUUAGAAAACUUUAAGACAUAAAUUACUGUUAAUGAAAUGAUGUAUAUAAA